AUGUUCAUGCGUUUCCGAGGCGGUGCGAUCGGUCACGAUUUGCCCCCAUACUGGAACCGGAAACUUCUGGAUGCCGCCGCCGCAAUUCCCGAGGCCGAGGAAUACGAGCUACCAACCGAUUCGGGUCAAGACAGCGACAAUGAGGAGGGAGACAGUGAUGAGGAAACGGACGGGCAUGAGAGCGGUGAUACCAGUGAUGAAGAGGGAGACACAGCAGAGCUUGCUGAGGCAGAGACUGCAGCACCUGGUAUUCGAAUCUCUACCGUUUUUAUUGUUCGUUAG